UUUUCCGCAUGUCUCUUGGUUUGAAACCAUUCAUGUAUUCCAAACGUCUAAGGGGACUCCUGACCGGAAUGCCGGCCAUAAGGCUAAAACAGUAAAAGCGAAAAAUGUAAGAAUCAUUAUGUGACCCGCUUUCUUUAAAGAGGAAAGUCAACUUUAAUCGGUUUUAACCCCUUUCGUUUAUAUCCCCUGACGUGAGGGAAAUUCGUGGUAGAGGGAAGACAUGGCAGCGGUUUCACGGCACGAAAUUCCUUUCAAUUAAUGAUCCCUUAGACUCGUUGACUCGUUCUCAUUCCCUGUAUUCGAAUUUUGUUUUCCCUUCGAUGUUUUUUCUCCAUUUCGCCUCGUGUGACGUGUGAUGACGCGUGUGAUUCGAACGAAACCCCGCGAAACUUAAUAAUUCGCGGUCGUGGGAUGGAAUUUAGCGGCGACAUGGCGGGAGUGACGAGAUCCGAAGAACAGGUGUCGCAAAAGUACGACAAAUGCCUCGCUGACGCCGUUGUCAAAUUUGGCGGCGGUUUGGCGGUUGGAAUGGUUUUCUCCGUAGUUCUAUUCAAACGUCGAAUGUGGCCGGCAAUUUUCGGAGCUGGUUUAGGCACUGGAAUCGCUUAUGGGAAUUGCCAAAAUUCGCUCAAUGAACCGUUCUUGGUACCAGCACAACGGGUUCGAGUUGCGGACCCAGCGGCGUUGAGAUCUGUGCGAUUACGGCCACAGAAAGUGACAGGACCUUUGGUUUCCGGCGAUGGACCAAUAAUCGGAAGCAACUGGACUCCCCCUGAGCGGGAAGUUCCGGUUGCCUUGACUCAAGCGCAAUCUGCAGCAAUGCCCCAGUCAUCCCCCCAGGCCAUGUACGAAGCUGCUCAGGCGUAUUACCAGGCGCAGCCCGUGAGCUAUGACUCUCAGCCGACUCAAGAGACUAGUAGUUGGAACGGACCUUAUCAAUGACUUACUCCAAUUUUCGUUUAUAUGGACUCUGACAAAAUUCAAGGGACCACAAAAAAUUCGUUGUAGAGAGAAUCGCGUUGUGGAUGAACCAUGUAGCAUGGGAAAGAACUCCAAUGGGACAAAAGAAAAUCUUCAUACGGAGAAAAUCGCGGUAGAGCAAGUCCACAUGCAUCAACUUCUACAAAGAAGAGGACCCAGAGUAUCGUGUACACUCUUUCAUUGGUUCUGCUGGAUACAAAGGAUUCACAACGCGCCCACACGGACUCCAGAUAUGGUCAAGAACUGUCAUACAAGUCUUGCGCUUCCGGAACACAGCCCGUGACAACUCAUCAUUUCCCGCCAGAUUUGUCAUCCGCGAUUUCAUCCUGGUGUUCACUUGAUCAUACAUGGCACGUUCCAACAUUGCA